GCGGCGAUCGGUCGGGCGUGCACCUAUGGUGCCUUCCGAGUGGCGUGGCGAGGGUUUGCUUCUGUGCCAGUGAAAGGGAGUUGCUCUUCAUAUUCUAGCCUGGCAUGGGCUUUCCAGACACGGUGUUCCAUCUCUGCCCCCUGGAAUGUGACAGUUGAGCAACGCAGACAAAGCAGUUUCUUCAAUACGUUGACAGCUGAUGAGCUAUGGAAAGGAGCUUUGGCAGAGACUGGUGUGGGAGUAAAGAAAGGAAGAGGAAAGAGAAGGAAGAAAAAGCUAAGGAAGAAUCUCAAUAAAGGCCAGGAGAUUGGUGAAGGACGUUCUGGUUUCCUCUGGCCUGGUCUUAAUGCUCCUGUGAUACAAGGUGGGAGAAUCCAGGCAGUUACCCAACGAAAAAAAGAAGAACGAGAGAGAAUUCAGUCUGAGAUUAUUCAGCAGAGAGAUACAUGGGAGAAGAGAAGAAAAAUAAAAGUUAAGAGAGAGGGAGGAUGGAGUGGAAGUUGUUGGGGAGGUGUCAUUCUGGAUCCUCCUGACCCAGGUCCCAAUGGAGAAACUUAUGGAGAUUUUGAAACAAGAGUCAUUGAGGUGAAAAAUGUGUUUUGUAUGAAGGCAAAGGAAGGCAGAAAAAAAUCAACACGUGCCUUAGUGGCUAUUGGAAAUGGUAAAGGGGCUGCAGGUAUGUGCAUUUACUGUAUAUGA